GCAGGGGCGGGCGUUUUGGGGCCUCUGGGGCCGCUGUGUCUGAUCAGAGGCUUGGGAAGCCUCGUGUGCGGUUGGGGUGACGAGAGCGGGAAGCCGGGAGAAUCGGGUCUGAGGUUCGGCAGCGGCGAGGGAUCGGGGUCGGGGGUGCGCGGGCUGGUCCCCCUCCCCGGGCGUUGCUCCGCCCACAGAGUCCGAUGGCGGCGGCCGCGCGGAGGGACCUGGCUCAGGUUUGUAUUGCUGCAGAUUUGCUUCCAGACCAUGCAGAGGGCCAUGUGACCUUUGAGGACGUGGCUGUCUACUUCUCUUGGGAGGAGUGGGGGCUCCUUGAUGAAGCCCAGAGACUCCUGUACCGUGAUGUGAUGCUGGAGAACUUUUCACUGAUGGCCUCUCUGGGACUUGCAUCUUCCAGGACCCAUGAAAUCACCCAGUUGGAGUGGUGGAGAGAACCCUCUUUGCCUCCCUGUGGAGUCGUGACUGCAGCCAUGCCAAGAGGUUGGCGGCGUAGAGCAGAGGUUAAGGAAGCACCUCAUGAGCAGAGUGUUUAUAUAGAAGGAGUGCUCAAAGCAAAAGUUCAACACCAGAAGCUGCACUGUGGAGAGAAACCUUUAAGAGAAGAGGGUGGGGAGGGUGGAAAGGACUUCCCAGUCAGUUCUGGUUUUCUCAACCAUCAGGUGACCCGUGGCGGAGGGGAGCCACAAAGGAACACCAAGAGUACGGAGGCGUUUCACCCUGGAAAAAGGCAUUACAAAUGCAGUGAAUGUGGGAAAGCCUUUGGUCAGAAAUACUUACUUGUACAGCACCAGAGACUACAUACUGGAGAAAAGCCUUACGAAUGCAGUGAAUGUGGGAAAUUAUUUAGCCAUAAAUCAAACCUUUUUAUACAUCAAAUAGUUCACACUGGAGAAAGGCCUUAUGGGUGUAGUGAAUGUGGAAAAUCCUUUAGCCGCAAUGCUGAUCUCAUUCAACACCAGAGAGUUCACACUGGAGAAAAGCCUUUUACAUGCAGUGAAUGUGGAAAAGCCUUCAGGCAUAAUUCCACACUUGUUCAGCAUCAUAGGAUCCACACUGGAGUGAGGCCUUAUGAGUGCAGUGAAUGUGGGAAAUUCUUUAGCUUUAACUCAAGCCUCAUGAAACAUCAGAGAGUUCACACUGGAGAAAGACCUUAUAAGUGCAGUGAAUGUGGGAAAUUCUAUAGCCACAAGUCAAGCCUUAUUAAUCAUUGGAGGGUUCACACUGGAGAAAGGCCUUAUGAGUGCAGGGAAUGUGGGAAGUUUUUUAGCCAAAGCUCUAGCCUCAUGCAACAUCGGAAAGUUCACACUGGAGAAAAGCCUUUUAAGUGCAAUGAAUGUGGAAGAUUCUUUAGUGAGAAUUCCAGCCUCGUUAAACAUCAGAGGGUUCAUACUGGAGCAAGACCUUAUGAGUGCAGGGAAUGUGGGAAAUUUUUUCGCCACAGCUCCAGCCUUGUUAAACAUCGGAGGAUUCACACUGGAGAAAUGCCUUAUGAGUGCAGCAAUUGUGGGAAAUCAUUUAGCCAGCGUUUCAACCUCAUUCAACACCAGAAAGUUCACAGUGGAGAAAAGUCUUGAAUGCAGCUGAUGUGGACAAGCCUUUAACCAGAGGUCUGCUCUGAUUCAGCAACAGAAACUUCACAAUCCAGAUAGGCCUAAUGAAUACAGUAAAUGUGAAGAAAGGCUUCAGCCAAAAGCUUAAACUUGUUGAGCACCAGAAUGUUCAGACUGGAGAGAGGCCUUAGGAGUGCAGUAUACAUGCAGUUUCCUGGUCAACCUAACUUAAAACAGAGAGGAGCUCUGAAAGUAGCAUUUAUGAGGAAGCCAGCAACUGAACAUCAUUCAUCCAAAUAUCCUGACAUACUGCCUCCUGAGAAAAUAAGCUUCUGCCUGGGAGCUCCAGGGAGAGGGAGUCCUGUGUUCUUGGAUGUAUGUCUGUAGUGGAGAUUCCACCUCUAUCAUUGGAGUGGGGAGAGAGGGAAUGGUCUUAGUUCAGAUAUGACUGGCUCUUGCUGCUCUUACUGAAUAUUAGACGUUCUUAAGUGUUUCCUCAUUUGCUGUAUACCGUAGGACCAUUUCCAGAGACUUUAACUUGUGUUUUUAUAAUAUUCCCCAGUUUUAAUGGGAAGCAGGCCUGCAGAGCUCACACUGUCAUGCAGGAAGUUGAUCUAAAUAUUUAACUUUAUUAAGAACUUGCCAACUUGUGUUCUAGAUGGUUAUGCCAUUUCAUAUUUCCUCCUAUAUUAGAUUUCCAGUUUCUUCACAUCAUUGCUUAUCCUUGUAUGUAAGACACGAGCCAUUCACUUCAGCCAUUCUAGUAGGUGUGUGGUUUUAACCUGUCUCUCUAAUGACUCAGUGUUGAGCAUUAGUCUUUGUGUUAAUCUGCCACCCAUACAUCUUCUUUAGUGAAUUAUCUUUUCAUGUUUUUUGCCUACUUUUAGAAAAAUUGGUUGGUUUCUUAUUGUUUUGUGAUUUCAUAUAUUCUACAUAGAAGUUCCUUAUUUGAUAUAUGUUUUACCAGUGUUUUCUCACAGUCUAUGCCUUUGAUUUCUGUUUCUUUCUUUUUUUAAUUUUCAUUUCUUAACAGUCUCUUUCCUAGGGCAGAAUUUAUUAAUUUUCAUGAAGUUCAAUUUAUUUAUUUUUAGAGAUUUCAUGUUUGGUAUUAUAUUCUUUUUCUUUUAUGGUACUAUAUCUUUGCUUGUAAAUAAAAGCCUUAUCGGAGUAUGGUGGAGUCUUAUGAGUCCUUACCCAAGCUUAUGAAAUCUUUGUGGAUUUAAGUGUAUAUAAAAAUUUUCAAUGUAUGUAGAAAUAUUUACCUAUGUACAUAUCCCCUAACUCUUCUGAUGAAUGCUCAGGUCAUGAUCUCAGGGUCAUGAGAUCGAGCCCGCAUUGGAGCCUGCUUAAGAUUCUUUCUCUCCUCUCCCUCUGCCCCCGCCCCCGCUAAAUAAAUAAAUAAAUAAUAAAAUAACCUAAAAAAAAAUCGGCAUUCCAAUAGGCAUGAGCAUAUUUAAUGCCCAGUUAUUGGUACAGUUUUUCAGUAAAAAAAGAACCAGAACUCCUUAGAGGCUAUUUCCAGGUUGGUGCAGGAAGGUACAUGAGCCUAGAAAAUAUUCUUGGAUCAGUUAAGAAAUGCUCACAGAAUGAUGUCGACAUAUUAGAUUUCUAGUGCUGUCCUAACAAAUUACCACAAACCUAUGGCUUAAACAACACAUUAUAUUAUAGUACUGUAGAUCAGAAGUCCUACACAGGACAGGUCUCAAUAAGUUAAAAUCAAGGUGUUCGCAGGGAUGUGUUCUUUUCUGGAGUCUCUAGGACAAAUUCUGUUUUCUACUCAUUUGAGUUAUUGGACAAUUUCAGUUCCUUGUGGUUGUACGACUUAUGUUUGUGUUUUCUCUGUGGCUCUCAGCUUAGGGUUGACCCCGAACAUAUAGGAACUUUUACAGCAUAUUUAAAGCUAAAACAGUACCAAUUGUAUACAAAGUCUUACAAAACAAAGGUCGGGGCACCUGGGUGGCUCAGUCGGUUAAGUGUCUGCCUUCCGUUCAGGUCAUGAUCUUCAUGAUCCCAGGGUCCUCGGA